AUGGAGUCACAGUUUAAAAAUACAAAACCAAAGAAACUACCCACGUUGACUCAACUCUUGAUAGCAAAACUAAAACGACAUGUUUCUCAAAUAUCUGAUGUGGGUAAUACUCCAUUUCAUUUAUUGGAACCAGUAUUACAGCAAAUGCCUUUUAAACAAUUGAAACAACUUGAAGAAAAUUGUAAUCAAUUAAUUCCUCAUUCUGAUAAACUAUGGAUGAAAUUAAUUGUCAAAGAUUUUCCUAAUCGACCUGUUAAAAUCGACCCCUUAAAGUCGUCAUCACCAACCUCAUCAUCGACCACAUCAUUCAACAACAUGCCCUAUAAAUCAUUAUAUUUUAAAUAUUGUAAAGAUCGUGAUGAUUUCAGAAAAGAUUCUGCUAGAAAAUUAAGAAAUGCAAAUAAAUCAAUCGAAAAGGAAAAAUCAAAAACGAAAAUAAUUGCAGUUGAUCAAGUUUUAAGAGAUCCAAGUAUCAGAAAAGUGAAUUCUACUUCUAGUAAUCCAGGUUUUACUAAAUCAAUACAACCAAUUAAUAAAAAUUCGAUAUUACAAAAAGCUAAAAGAGAUACUGUACAAUCAAGAAAUUUAUUAUUUGCAAGAAAUCAAUAUAUUAAACCGUAUGAUCCUUUCCAUGCAUUUAAAGUAAAUGAUACUAGAUCAAAUAAUGAUCCAAUAAGACCUCCAAGAUCAUCCAGCGUAAGAAGAACUACGUUUUUCAAUGCCACUAGUGAAAGUCUAAAGAAUUCGACUACUGCAUCUACUAUUACAACAACAAGAACAAAACCAAGACUAAGGACAGAUGACGCAAUGAAACCUGAGUCAGAUAAACCAUUACCUAUUACAUCGCCUGUCAAACCACCACUUACAAGUCAAAAAUCAUCAAUAUUUAUUCAACGUAAGAGAAAAAGUCCUUCUCCUAUGACGAAAACCACAUCUACAAGUAAACGAAUAAAGAAACCAGUUCAACAAAAAGAACCCCCGAGUAAAAUCAAACGACUCAAGUCUUCUAUAUUUAGUUAA